AUGAUCCACAAGUACCUCACGGAGCACAAGGUGCCCGACGAGACGUGCAUGCCCUAUCAGGCCAAGAACAUGGCAUGCGACGCCUCCAACAACUGCAGGAACUGCCUUCCGGACGGGAGCGAGACGGGCAAGUGCUGGCCGAUCAAACACUACACAGGCUAUGGCGUCAAAACGUAUGGCAACGUGUCCGGCGAGAAAGCCAUGAUGAAGGAGAUCUAUGCCCGCGGGCCCAUCGCCUGCUCCUUCGCCACCGACAUGCGCUUCAUGUUCCAGUACUCGGAGGUGGCCGUGCAGCACGAGGGGGUGUACGUCUCCAACAAGACCUUCACCGUGGACGACGUGGACCACGUCAUGGAGGUUGGUGGAAGGAGGGCGGAGGGCGGCAGAGAGGAGGAGGAGGAGGAGGAGGCGGAGGAGGAGGAGGAGAGGAGGAGGAGGAGGAGGAGGAGGAGGAGGAGGAGGAGGAGGAGGAGGAGGCGGGCAGCGGAGGGCCCCCCUCCUCCCCCCUCCCUUCGCCUCCCACCCUCCUCCCUUCCCUCUCUGGUGCCACUCAGGCGACGGUUCGAUUCCAGCAGGUCUCCCUGCUGGAGGGCAUUGCGCACGCCGGCCGCUGCACUGCUCAGAGUCAGAGGCAGAGAGGGCGUGGAGCUCAAGAGAAACUCCUCCUCCUCCUCCUCCUCCUCCUCCUCCUCCUCCUCCUCCUCCUCCUCCUCCUCCUCCUCCCUCCUCCUCCUCUCCUCCUCCUCUCCUCCGCCCUCCUCCUCCUUCUCCUCCUCCUCCUCCCCCCCUCCUCCUCCUCCUCCUCCUCCUCCUCCUCCUCCUCCUCCUCCUCCUCCCUCCUCCUCCUCCUCCUCCUCCUCGCCCUCUCUGCCGCCCUCCGCCCUCCCGCUCACCCCCACCACCCUGCCCCACCCUGGCCCCCCGCGCGUGGGAGCGCACGCGGGGGAGGACUGA